UGGGAGGCGAAGUGGGUGUCCCCACAAGACCUGACGGCGGCACGGUGAAACAACGCGCGUGAAGCACCACCUGUCUAUUACAAACAGACUCCUCGUCUCCUGGCGACAAGGACCUGCUUACUUGUACCACGGCAAACAUCCAGAACCGCGUCUUCCGCACAAUAAUGGGUGCAACUGUGUCAGAAGCUUCCGCCAUCGUACGCCAUGGUCGGAUUGUCCCUUCGCCUCUAGCCCUUCUGGAGUCUACUUGCCGCCUGACUCCAUCGCACACCAGACUGAGUGAUCUCCCACCGGAGAACCUUGCAAACAUCGGAUCGUUUUGUUCUUACCGAACCCUUCUCUCUCUAGGACGCUUAUGCCUGGCCUUCCGUAACUUGCCUCACACCCAUUCUUUGGUAAGGACAAUAGCGGAGUCUGCGUGCAACAACAGUGAAUUCAAUGUCUCUGGGCGAUGGUCAGCCAUUCUUCUAGAUCUAUGACAUACGAAAUCCGUCUGUGUGGCGAUUGAGAGGACUAUUAAAUCUGGCCGGGGCCCGUCGCUGCUUGCUACAAGUUUCUCAAGAUCCAGGAUUGUGUUGGCUGUCCACGCACAUCCUCUUACCGGAGUCAUGGAUCUCAACGCCCUACAGUGUUGCUUGCACAUUGCUCGAUAUUACAAGUUGGACCAAAUGGUUUCAGACACGGCGUUCUGUCUGAUCGCGGCGAGUUUAGCGCGAGGAGUUCCCCAGGAUGACCUCCACUUUUUCGACUUGAGAGGAGCCAAACCCCUACGAUAUCAGAGCCAUUGGUUGUGAUAGCUUUUCUGGCAGUUAACAUUUAUCGCCAGUCAAUGCAGGACAUCAGAGAAAUCCAUCUGUGUCCCGCACUGUCUCGCAUCCCAUUCACUACCUUGCUAGGAGAGUUACCGUCACUCAUGACAGGACAUGACACUCUAAAACACUUUGAGCCGCACCUGCAAUCAAUACUUGUCGACGAUUUCCUGGACUGCGAAUGGGUUGGUCUCUAUCACCGGAACUGGGACUCUUUAUAUAGAUUUGACUCUGUUCAGUCUAUAGUAAAAGUUGACAACAAUCGCCUAAAAGUCUCCGCUGCAAUCAUUGAGCCACUGAAUAUUGUAAGCAAUGACUUCGCAAUGACGCCUUUUGGACUGGUGGUCUUCUCGGAGGGGGUAACAUGGCUCUGGAAGAAGGAUUGGUGUAACGACAGGUUUCCGGUGGUUGAGGAUUUGGGCGACUGUGGACAUCAGCCUGACUUGGUUGUAAGUCAACCUUCAUUGCUGCGAGAUAUGCUUCCGACCAGCAUAGUCCUAUUAUAUCAAAAUAAGGUUAGCGGAUAGGUUCUGGGCGCUGGUGGACGGAAUUGACGGCCAGUUCAAAUUCCAGAAGGACUAUUUCGAUGUCGACGAUGCGUCUGCCAUGUGCUUCACGACUUUCGGCUCGGAGGAGCGUCCACGGAAUGACAAAAUUACUACUACACGUGUGGAAUGUCCAGGUUCUGCUAUCAACAAGCUCUCCCUAGACGAAGUCCUCAGCCCGAUCUCGCAGUGAUAGCUGCAGUAGGCAGACGGGAUCAGAACCAAUCCCGACUUCGUGUCCCUGACGAUCUCAUCACCAUCCAUCAUGGCACACCAGCAGAUCGUGUAUCUCAGUGUCACCAGAGUCCAUCAUCUCGCGCGCAUUGAUUCGACAUAGACCGAAGAUGCGGUAACGGCGGUCAGACUUGAUAUGGGCGUCUCCCUCACCGUGAGACAACUGAACACCAAGGUGGAGCUGUGACAGGCAGUUGGAACUGUCCUCGCUCUGGCAAGGGCCGAAUCUACUAGUUCGAUACGUUCUGCAAGACUUCCUUGGCUCUGAAAACACCAACCCCCUCAAUACUCGGAUACCCUUUCUGGUAGCCCAAAGCGUACACCACUGCUCCUGGCCCAAAGGAUGAGACAUAUUUUUUGUACUGCCUUUUCUCGUUCUGGGCCAGAAAUGGAUUCUGAGGAAACCCGAAAUAGUUCUUGAAUUCAAGCCAAUGGCAUGGGUGUCCGCAGAUCGUCACCCGGGCGGAAAAUCUCACAUCCGGCGUCUGGGGAACGGGAAGUCCCAUCUGUUGGGCCUGCUGUCGCUGCUCUUGCUCUCUUGCAAAGACGAAUCCUUGUCGGGACAAGCUUUCUGCGAACGCAUCUUCUGCCUGCUGUGCCAGUUCUGACCGUUGCCGUUGUCGCUCAGCGCGCCUUUGUGCAUCUGCUGGACUUUCGUUUAGGGAAUUCAGGCGCUCAGCUGCAUUCCAGAGCGACGAAACUACGGAAACUUCAAGUGUUGUUCCGGAUCGCCGUACGAUAUCUUGGACGCUUGCCUGCGUGCGUCUCAAGAGCAAAGCUGUUUUGUAUACUGGCUUCACCAAUUCAGGCGAGAUUCCGUCGUAGGGGGGAUGCGUCUGCGAGUCGCGGAGAUGUUGUUGGAGAGCGUUCUGGCUGCUGAAAGAUCGGCUGCAGUCUGCGCAGUCAACAGGUGCAGCGUGUGCUGGUGAAUUGGCCAGAUGUUGAUUCAGAGCUCUUUCGCUAGGGAACAAUCGACGGCAGAUCCCACAGUCGAACGCGUGUGCAGUCGAGUCUCUUCUGUGUUGCAACAGCGCGGCGUGACUGGCGAACGACCGAUCGCAAGGGACGCAGUGGGAGGUCAUUUUGGAAGAAUAAGUGCGCAAGUCGCAUGAAGAGAAUUAGCCCAGAGUGAGAGUUCGUUCUGCACGGGGAACUGCCGAUGAGAUAAAGCCAUCUGCCCGAUAUGCAUGAGCGCCCACGUAACACAGAUGUCGUAUAACAACAGUGCUUCACAGUCGUCCAAUAGUUACAUGACACGAG